GGGCUGCUUCGAAAUUCAGAACAUCUGUGCAAGAGCAAAUAAAAAGUCGAGCUGUGCGUGUUUUUUGGGAAUUUAAUUUUUCUCCCAACAUUUUCAAAUUGGACUCCAACUUCUUUGCCAAAUUGCCUCUUCCAACAAACCGGCAAUAAUGGAACACCAUAGCUAUGCCAAGAGUGGCUCGAAGAAAUGGUCCAAUGAAGAGAAACAUAUAUUGGUAGAGAAGCGUAUUGCGUCCGAAGAUGUAUUUUCCCGGUUCUCACCCAAGCACCUGGAGCCAUGGAAGAGAUUAAAGGAAUCGAACAAGAUUGGCGAUUUCAACGAGUUAGCACUUCGCAAGCAAUGGUAUUCCAUGGUACAACGCUACCGAGUGCUAAAGACCACUGUGAAGAGUGAUACUCUGGACCAGGAGACCAUUGAUAAGUUAGCCAAGGAGUGGGAGUUCUUUGGUAUAAUCCAUUCGUUUAUGAAUCAAAAGACUACAGAUCUGCAUUCAUACGCGCUCAAGGAACCAAAUGUUGAGACGCCGGCUAAUAACCUGACAAUAGCUAAUGUUUAUUCCUGUGAUCAGGCUCAACUUUCCCCACUGAUGGUAGGCGUACUCAAUGAUCAUAACUUUGGCGAACGCUCGCCCCCCAAGGAUGGCGGAGGCGAGGCCGAAGCUGAAGGUGAAGGUGAAAACGAUAGUGAAAUGGACAAUAGCGAACAAAACAACAAUAAUGAAACUAACAACGUCCAGAGCAACAACGAUGAGCUAGACAGACUGAUGGCCGAGGCUGCAAUGAAAGAAUCAAGCAGUGACGACGACGAUGAUGGUGGUUUGCUUCAGAUGAGCGAUGGCACCUAUCAAGAGAUUGAGUGCGGUCCAGUGAUGGUUGGCGGGGAGGUAUCCUUAUCUAAUAAUCAAUUUAGCGGCUUUAAUAGUGCUCCAGUAAUUGAGCACAGGGGCAAGCAGGGCAUGCCGCAUCGACGGUCCAGGAAAAUCAACUUAAAGAGGCUCUCCGAGAAAGAAAAGUAUUACAGACACCGUCGUUACUACGAACAGCGAAUGGAGAAACACAUGAGCACUCUACUCUCCGUAGUGGGUAAUAUAUUGAAGGAGUUUAAGCCAGAAAUAAAUUUCAAGCCACUGCUGGACCUUGCCGUCAAAAUGAACUACGGUAACUGUACACCAAGCACAACUGAAGAUGAGACCAGCGAUGACGAAAGCUGUAGCUGAGCGUUUAGUUCAUCAGCCAACCGUUAGAUGAUUCUUCGGUCAACUGUUUAGUUCCUAAGUGUGUAGCUCCAUCUCAAACGUAUUUUUAAAAUCACAAAAAAAAAAAAAUCAAGGCGAGAGCAGCGAACCGCUAGCGCUGUAUAUAGAUUUAGAUAGACACUAAACACGUUAAAUGAUAACUAAAAAACUGAAUACAUUAUAAAAAGCAUGUAAACAUUAGAUAUAAGAAGUGCAGCAACAGGAGCUCGAGAAUCUAGUGCCGAAUUUAAUCCGCGGCAAUAGAUCCUAGCACUGUUGCUCCACAUUGAUAAAACCCUGGUCGGCGCUCAAAUCACUCACAUCUCAACUGUAUUUCUAACAGAAAACAAAAAAAGAAAAAUCAAGGCGAGAACAGCGAACCGCUAGCGCUGUAUAGAUAUAUAGUAGAUAGACACAAAACACGUUAAAUGAUAACGAAAAACUGAAUACAUUAAUAAAAUGAAUGUAUGUAAACACUUGAUAAACAGGAAGCAAACCAAAUACAAAAUGUAUGAAAAUUAA